AUGUCCAUGAUCAGAGAAUAUGGCGGUGAAUUUUCUGAUCCGGACCUUCUAGUCUGCUUGUCAAAGUUUGAUGGGGAGAACAAGCAGCAGCAGGAACUCGGGCCGUUCUCAGACCAAAUCCAUAUUCUGGGAAGCGAUGUUCAAGGGAGAUACUUCACACAUGCUCUCGCGAGCUGCAAAUACCUCCCCCCAGUUCGUUUCCUUCUCCACCGACGGGCCAUGCAGCGGAUAUGGGAGGAUGGUGGCCGAUGUAUACAUCUGUACAGAGGUGAAGAAUACCUACCGAAUGCCCGGGCGGUUGCGGAACUGGUCCAGCACCAGGAUUUCUGGUCGGGAAAAGCAUUGUCAGGCCAGCCCGUGGAACACAUCCACCAAUUAAUUAUCACGGUCCCGGCUUCCAGUGUUGUGCGAGCCUUCGCGUCGAUCAGGGACAGGGUUGAUGCAAGAACGUCCAUCUGCCUCGUCCAGGACGGGCUGGGUGUAGUCGAGGCCCUGAACGAGACGUACUUUCCUGAUCCAACGAGCCGGCCUGCAUAUUUACUGGGCCAUAUGACGCAUCAGUUGUAUCCUGUCCAGGACAGCAUGUUCUCCCUGUCCGAGGUUAAGCAAGGAAGACUCUACCUCUCGGCGUUGCGUGGCGACUUGGGGCAUAGUCGAAUACGCUACCACCCCCCGGUCGAACGGUGGUCGAAGCCGGGGCAUUUUCUGGGCCUCCUGACAUCAACGCCUGGGCUACAGGCAGGAGGCUUCCCCCUUGAGAAGUUUCUCAACUUCAAGUUGCCCUCGACCGUCUUCAAGUCUGUGGUCGAUCCCCUCACGGUUAUACUCGACUGCACUUACGACAAACUUGCCGGCAACACGUAUGCGAGGCAAAUGAUGGACCAGUUAUUAGGAGAAAUUCUAAACGUGGUUGCUCGCCUGCCCGAGCUCAGGGGCUAUGCCAAGUUCAACGAUCUUCGAGGAGGAGGUCUGCGGAAGGACGUGUUUGAGCGCCUAGCUCGAAAGAAGGAUGGCGACAGCAGGAUGCGAAGUCUCAUCCGGCGAGGCUGGGAAGGCGAUAUUGAUUUUUUGAACGGAUACUUUGUCAAGCGUGGCCGAGAAGUUGGGGUCAAGUGCCCAGCAAACGAGACGGUUAUAUGGAUGGUCAAGGCAAGACAUGCGGCACAAUUGGCGCAACGCCGCGAGGAAAUUGCAUUCGAGAGGUGAGUGCGAACUAAGGGCAUCAUCGCCUCUCAUGAGCGAAGAGGAUUUGGCUUGGGGGUUAGUUAUGCUGGUCCAGUUUUGUGCCACGGAAGAAGCAUUUACAUAUACACCAACACUUGUACACCUAGAACUGUACCACUCUCUGUUAGCUAUAUUUGUACAGUACAGGAAACAUACUACUAGAUCGAGGCAUUUCGGUAUGCCCAUAUAGACGGAAAUUGCUUUGUCACCUUCCUC